UGUGCGGUAGCAUUGUUGCGGUGUGUCAUCGCGUUGUCAUCGCGUGCAAUUGUGCUGCGGGAACUGCCGUGGACGCAUUCCUUCGGCAUAACGCUGGUUCCGGUACAUUGUCCUCCUGUGUUCCUUUCCCGUACGUAGCUUCCGGUUUCCGCCCAUGGUGGUCCAGUUUCCGUUACAGUGUGGAAAAUCGUUUACGCUGCUGAGCGAGUGCUCGAAUGAUCAAGUGCGUUGUAUGGGUAGGGUUGCAAUAGCUCUUGCGUGUGAGAAGAGCUGGUGAAAUGUGACAAGUGUUUGUUGUUGCGGGUUGGUUUAUGCAGCAACAUUGAGCCGGGCGCGUCCUCUACAGCUAGCUUCUAAUGACAAGUGAUUGUGAAAUUGCACCAUCUAAAAGCAAGUCCAUGGAAAUAUCUCUGCAAAUUGCUUUAACAGUACAGUAAGAGAUAAAGCGACGUAGUAGUGAGGUGGGUGCAGAAACCAAAACAAAAGUUCAACGCCUGCUUUUCGGUGCACAAGUUUCCGCCAUUGCGACAUCUUCGUGUCAUAACCCGUCAUCAGCAUCAGCACUGUCCUCAGCAUAGACAGUAAUGGAUACGUAUGUCAAAAAUCUGCUCAACGGUUGGAACAUGCCGGAACUGAUAAAAGUGUUUCAAGAGGAGGAAAUCGAUGAAGCUGCCUUCAAGUGCCUCAAGUACGAUAUGAUCAAGGAGAUAAUACCACGCAUUGGUAAGCGGGCCAAGUUCCUGCAGCGGUACGAAGAGUACAAGGAGAACCUAACGGAACGGCCCGCCUUUGCGGAGCUGCAGCUGGACGACAAGGAACGUUUCCCGCCAGCAUCGCCACAGAAACCAUCGCGCAUAGAUUGGGGUCGAAUAGAGAAGGUGUGUGGCCCGGUACCAAUAUAUCUAAAGAAUCUACUAAAGAUGUGCGGUUACGAGGCGGAAAGCAGUCUUCGAAAUUUGAACGAUGACGACUUCAUCGAUAUGGAACGGUUUGCGCGGGAAGAACUGAUCCAUCUCGUACCGGCAACGCAGUUCUAUUUCCACAUCUUCUGCAGUGACCCGGCCCGCGAAUUUCGACUCGUGCCGGGCCAUCGCAAGCUGCUGCUGCAGAUAAGCGCUUACCUGAACUACACCAAGGUGGCAAGUGAAAUUCAGCGCCCCGAACCAGCUAUCCGUCUGCCUUCCGAGCUUUCCAUCCAGAGGGAACGCGAACAUCGGCUAUUGCUCGCUCAGCAACAACAGCAACAGCAGCAGCAGCAGCAAAAAGAGCACCACCAGCAGCAACAGAAGGAGCAACAGCAGGCUAAAGAGCAGCAGCAACUGUUGCAGCAACAACAGCAACUAUUGCAAGAGGUUGUCCGAAUGCACCAGCAACCGCUCUCCGACAUGCAAGAAGUGAUGCUGUCCGAGUUGAAAAUGUCGCACAAAAACUCUCCACUCGCAUUCGAGCAAGCGACGGUGUUCCCGCCGCUAAGCGACGAGGAGCGCAUCAAGAAGAUCCAGGGUUGCAUCGUGAAGCUGAUCGACAUGUGGAGCGAGAAGCAACCGAUCAAGCUGCAGAUCACGGAGGAAAUGAUCAACGUGACAUACGAGAGCAACGGCUACAACGCAUUCAUUAAGUGUCCCAUGUGUGCGGUGCAGAUAAAGGUGUCGAAACUGCCGACGAAGAAGGGCGAUCGGUUUGUGAUCUCCAACUUCUCGAAGCACAUCAUCAAGAUGCAUUUUUCUCAGCUUAGCGAGGCCGGUGGCGGUGGUGGUGUAACUGGCAGUGGUGGUGGUGGCGGUGUCGGUGGACACGCGGGUUCGGUCGGUUCGGAGCGACACCUAAGCAUGGACAAUGUGUCGUCGUACUACGGUGGUGAGAACUCGGAUAGCAACACCUACCCGUACGAUGACUAUGGCACGGGCAAACGGCAGAAGCUCGAAGAUGACGAGGACGAUAUGGAUCCAAUGCCACCUCAUUUGCUGCAUCCGUACGUGAGCAUUAAGGAUGAAAUUAUCGAUCUGGAUGCGUAGCCGAUGGGUGGUUCGGUGUGUAUGUCGCUUGUAAAGCGUGCUCGGUACAGCCCAUCGUGCCGAAAAGUAGCGAGAUAAGCUGUGGAUGCACAAACGAUACGAAUAGCUAGAAGAAACCGUGAGCCAAUUUUUCCAUUCCUCAAUCAAACCAAAUAGCCUCUCUUAGCUUGUUGACUCUCAUAGGUUUACUGAUCACCAAUUUGGUAGAAUAUAAGGAUAGGCUGUUACAUUUUAAAACUGUACGAAGGUUUAACUUAACGCGGUAUCGCUGUUUUGCAACGACAAGCGAGAUAACCUCGAAGGUGUUUUAUUUACUAGCAAUUAUUUUAUACAGGACGCAGGGUGUAAGCACUAGAGACAGUGGCAUGAGACAAGACUUAAUUUUGGAACCAUUGUGGCUGAAUUGUGAAUAAUCCGUUUUUUACGGGCGAAUAGUAGCGAUCGUAGAUAGGCUGAUAGCAAUCGGUGUACAUAAGAGUAUAGUUAAAUUAUGCUAGCAAAUGGAGCGAA